AUGGGGAGGAAGCGAACUUCACCUGUCAACGUGCUGUUUGGGUGGGUAAGGAGGCAGUCAGUGAAAGUAAAGACAUUUCUUGGAGUAACGAUUGCACUGUGCUGUUUGGUGGCUUUAAAGUUCUUGGUGAAAGAUCGAAACUAUUUCUUCAUUUUUUCUGAGGCUAUCCAUGCUGCUGGGAUCUUGGUCUUGAUAUAUAAGCUCGCCACCCAAAAAACCUGCUCCGGCCUCUCACUCAAAUCUCAAGAAAUCACAGCUCUGUUUUUAGCUGCCAGAUUGGUCUGUAGCCUACUGAUGGAACUUGACGUCCAUACGGUGCUAGACCUUGCCACCUUGAUUUCAACCGGUUGGGUUAUAUACAUGAUGCGGUUCAAGUUGAAGUCAACCUAUAUCAAAGAAUUGGACAACAUGCCUUUAUACUACUUGGUGGUGCCUUGUGCUGUCCUUGCCUUCCUGAUCAACCCCUAUACAAGACAUGCUUAUGUGAGCCAAAUCCUUUGGGCUUUUUGUGUGUACUUGGAAUCUGUUUCCGUGCUGCCUCAACUUCGUCUCAUGCAGAAUGCCAAGAUGAUUGAACCAUUUACAGCCCAUUAUGUAUUUGCACUGGGUGUUGCUAGGUUCUUGGCAUGUGCUCACUGGAUCUUUCAGGUUUAUGAGACUGGUGGGACUUAUCUAUUCUUGCUUGGAAGUGGCUACUUCUGGUUUCCUAUGGCUCUCCUAGCUGAAGUUGUGCAGACAUUUAUCUUGGCCGAUUUCUGUUACUACUACGUCAAGAGUUUCAUGCAAGGCCAACUUUUGAUGAGGAUGCCUGUUUAG